AUGUUUAAGUUGCCACUUAUUUUGUUUUUGAAUGCUGUGUUCUCUACAGAUGGAACGGAUUCUCCAAUUAUUGGUGUGUUGUCACAAGAAACUUAUUCCAUUAGAAAGUACUUAAAAGACGAAGAAUCGGCAAAAAGUUUUAUUGCGGCUUCCUAUGUAAAAUAUCUGGAAAGUGCUGGAGCUCGAGUUGUACCCAUAUGGAUAGGACAAGAGCUGGACUAUUAUGAAAGACUCAUUAAUUAUACAAAUGGUGCAAUUUUUCCCGGAGGCGCCACAUACUUUACCGAACCUAAGGGUUAUGGAGAAACGGCCAGUAUUAUAUAUAAGCUUGCCGUGGAAGCAAAUAAGAAUGGAAAAUAUUAUCCACUGUGGGGAACAUGUCUUGGAAUGGAGGUGUUUGCAUUUGCCAUCUUAAACGAAGAUAUAAGAACUAAUUGCGAUCUUCAUAAAGUUGCGGUUCCAGUACACUUCGUAAACGGUUAUGAAAAUAGUAAAUUAUUAUCCCAGACACCACAAGAAAUCAUUCAAAUUCUAAGAACAAAAAAUGUAACAUACAAUUAUCAUCGAUAUUGUUUAACUGAAGCCGUGAUUAAGAAGCAUGGAUUAGAUAAGGAAUGGAAAAUUCUAUCAACAAACAAAGACGAACAUGGCGAAGAAUUUGUUUCCAUGAUGGAAUCCACGAAACAACCAUUUUACGGGGUCCAAUUUCACCCAGAAAAAAGCCCAUUCGAGUUUAAAAACAAUUACGGAAUUCCACAUUGUCGCGAUUCCAUCAGGGUUGCUCAGUAUUUUGCAAAUUUUUUUGUAGACGAGUGUCGAAAAAGUAAAAAUAAUUUUCCUGACAGUAAUUUGGAAAAAAUAUCGCUUAUUUAUAAUUAUCAAACUACGUAUACUGGGCUGAAUGGUAGUAGUUAUGAACAAAUUUAUUUCUUUACACAAGAAGACUUUAAUAAAAAUCAACUAAAAUAA